GAGUAGAGUUUGCCCAGUAAAUUACAGCGCCUCGCCAUACAAGAUGAAAGCCAUAUUUGGUCGUGGAAGUAGGUGUGGCGAACAGCCUGGAGGGGGUCACAAGACAAGCUGAAAGAGAACGUUUGAGGGAGCGUUCCACAUCGAGAGGAAAAAAGGCCGCAUAUGACAGCGGUGUGUGGUGUGCAUGUGGGCUAUUUGUGCAAUCCUAACGCAAUAAUGUCCACCUUUUUGCAGAUCAGUGCCCUAUUUCGGACUGGAUAGCACUUCUUUUCUAACGAUAUCGAUCUACCUCUUUCUUUGACUUGGAAAUAUAAUAGUGAGCUCAGCAUAGAAUGACUCAACGCUAGAGAUGUAUGCUGACGUCUCGGUUCGGUUGUACUGCUGGGCGCAUGGAUCUGGGGAUAGUUGCUGCACUGGGUGGUGGUGGGUGAUUGUUGGGGCAUCGCAGAAACAUGACAAGCACGGGUGUCUCCCAUAAAUGAAUGAGGCCAGUGGACAUCCAGACAUCUCUAUCAUCACCAGCAACCUCUCAAUACACCAGGAAGAGGAGUUAAAGGGAAGAAGAUUGGGUUUUGUCCAACUCCCUGGCUGUUGGUUGCACAUGUGGUUUGAUGAUUUCUAUUCAAAUAUGCAACACCCUCUCCUAGGGUGUGCUCUGUAAACAUUAUAUUCCUUUUGUCUUCAGAUUGGGCCAGUUAAAGGGGACAUUGGUUGGUGGUUUGUGUGGCUGGGGGACUGUUAUGCACCUAGUACCCCAUAGCCCACCUCAACCUCGCCCCGUUAUUCAUGCUAGCCAUGAGUUUACCACCCCAGCAGAAACCCAACAGUAAGAGAACAGGCAAGCGCAUCUCAUUUUUCAACGACCAAGGAGUGGCGAUGAAGGAGACGUCCUCUCAGCAGCAUCCAGAAGGUUCUUACUACGCCCUUGGUGCCCCAGCCUCAGGGCCUGGUCCUGGGCAGAGUGAGGCUGCAGGCACCGUCACCUCCACAACCUCCAACCCAGAGGCCGCCCAUACUGGUAUGUACCUCAACUCAGUGAUAUUCAGCCCAGAGAAAGGAGACCAGAGUCGGGGACAUUACCAACAGACUGUACCCAUGAAGUGGGUUCACCAGGACCCAGCAGCCCAACCGCAGCCUCCACAAAGAACUGGGAACUGGACACAGGGUGUCACUAUGGCUAACUGGGGGCAGAACUUUGCUCCGUACCUAGGGGGUGUCGGUGACUCACGUUCCCAGGUCCAAAAUGCCUUUGUCAAGCAGCAGAUCCGUGAGGGGCCUUCACCCCUGCAGCCACAGCAGCCCCAGCCCCCUAGUAGGGCUGCAGAGAAGCAGCCGCCCCAGCAGCAGCAGGUGGUUAACCCGAACCCUCUCCCUGCUGGAGGAGAGGCCUACAGAGACAUUAGGGAUGAGGCCAAGGCUCACAGUCUAGAGUGGGAGCAGCAACAGCAGCAUCAUACCUCCCAACAGCAGUCCCAGGCGUUCCCACAGACCCUAAAACCUGGUGCUCUAAACGCCCAGCAGCACAGCACAUCCAACCCUGGGGGCAGCUCCGUGCUUCAGCCCUUCCAGCUAGCCUUCGGCCAGCCCAAGCAGCACCUAACGGCUGGCUACUACCAGGUGUUUCAGGGGGGCAACAGGACUUUACCCAAUCUGAACUACACACAACAACCCCAACAGCAUCCCCAGCCCCAACAGCAUCCCAAACAGCAUCCCCAACCCCAACAGCAUCCCCAACCCCAACAGCAUCCCCAACAGCAUCCCCAACCCCAACAGCAUCCCCAACCCCAACAGCAUCCACAGCUCCAGCAGCAGCUGCAACAGCAUGAGCAGCAGAAAAUACAACGUCAACAGCAACAAAUAUUACAGCAACAACAACAAAUUCAACAAAAACACCAUCAGAUGCAGCAGCAAAUGGUUCAGCAGCAACAGCAGAAAAUACAACAGCAGAAAAUACAACAGCAGAAAAUACAACAGCAGAAAAUACAACAGCAACAAAUACAACAGCAACGAAUACAACAACGACGCCAAAUACAACAACAGCAAUUGCAGCCACAACCACAACAUGUACUAGAAUAUUACCCCAGCAACCAGAACCCACCUACCCACCCACAUCCUCUCUCCCAGCCGCCCGUGUUGGUGCACUCCCAGGAGACCAUUCCUCCACCAACCCCCCCAGACCUCAAGGAGACGUCCCCAGACUCUCCACACAUUCCCCCCCCCACAGACCCCCAGUUCCCCCCCACAGAGACGCAGCUCCAAGCUCCCCAGCUCCAGCUGCAGCCUCGACGGUCCAGGAGACUCUCCAAGGAAGGUGGACCACCACCAGUUGACAACCCUUUCGUAAUCCCAUCUGAUGGGGCCCAGAACGGGGCCUCUGAAGGGCCAGGUGGAGCCCCCAAGGUGGAAGAGGUCCACGCUGCCCAGUUGGCCCCUACAGGGGUCAUUCAGAGCACAUGCAGGAAACUAAGGGUUUCCCAGGAGGUUAACCUGGUGACACUGGCCCAGAAAGCCUCAGAGAUGGAGUCACUACCGCCACACGUCGUCAAGGAGCAGCCCCACAGGCCCUGGAGCCCCCAAAGACCAGCGCCACGGCGAGGGACCAUGGAUAGAGAUUCAGGAGGCCACAGCGCCAAGCGGCCUCGUGAUGAGAGCAUGAUGCCCCUGGUCAUCCCUGUGUCAGUCCCCGUACGGAGGCCAGACCCCCUCUCAUCCUCAUCCUCCCCAGACAGGGAGCAUUCUAUCCUGGGCACAGGCUGGCCACAGCGCCCCACGCUCCAGGACAUGACCAGCAUGGACCGCAAACCCUCCGUCAUCGUCACCCGCCGACGAUCACUCAGGAACUCUCUAACGGACAGCUCAGGACAGAACGGCGGAACCCAGGGAGGGAAGGACGACGACGACGACGGCAAAAAGUCCAAACGGCGUCCCCGGCCCGAACCUCUCUUCAUCCCUCCUCCCAAACCUGGCACCUUCAUCGCCCCUCCUGUCUACUCCAGCAUCACUCCCUACCAGAGCCACCUCCGCUCCCCUGUCCGGCUGAUUGACAACCCCCUGACCAUGCCCCCCUACACCCCCCCGCCCAUCCUCAGCCCUGUGAGAGGGGGAUCAGGUCUCUACUUCUCUACCUUCCUCUCCUCUGCUGCAGCUGCGGUCUCCAGCCAGGGUCUGCCUCCACCCAUAACACCCAAAUCAGCCACACGCAGCCUGCUGAGAUCCAACAGCGUUGACAUAACCCCACCAGUCCUCUCUGCAAUCGGCGAGGCCACUCCAGUCAGUAUAGAACCGCGUAUAAACAUCGGCGUCCGGUACCAGGCAGAGGUUCCAGAGCUGAGGCAGCGUUCAGCGGCCAAACACGACCAUCACAAGGCUGAGCUGGUCUGGGCUCCUCUCCACGACCUGGAGGCUAAACCUGGACACCAUGAGAGAGUGGAUGACCUCAUGCACCUGUCAUGCUCCAGCGCUCUGCACGGAGGAGGGACCAAUCAGGAGCUGGUGCUGCACUGCCUGUACGAGUGCAAGGGUGACAUCAUGGGAGCGUUGGCCUUCCUGCUGUUGAAAAACCCCGUCUUCCCUAAGGACCACCGUCUAGGAGACUACCACUACUCAGGGUCAGACAGCUGGACCUCAGUAGAGAGACGUUACUUUAACAAAGGGAUCGCUGCCUAUAAGAAAGACUUCUUCAUGGUCCAGAAACUGGUGAGCACGAAGACAGUGGCUCAGUGUGUGGAGUUCUACUACACCUGUAAGAAACAGGUAAAGAUCGGUCGGAACGGCGCUCUGAUCUACGGAGACACGGAGCCACCUGAGAGCAGGAACACUGAUGAGGAGCUGGACCUCAAAUGCUCUCAGAGAUUAGAAUCUCGGAAGGAAUACGAAGAUAACAGGAAGUGGGAGGUGUCAGCUGACAGGAAGCAGUGGGGCUCCAGUCCAAGCAGGAUGACACAGAAGGCUGGAGCAGUCCUGGUGUUGAAGAGUCAGGAGGGCUUGAGGAGAGACCAGACGUCGUCCCGUGUCAGUCUCCCUCCUCAGCUCCCUUCCAGUGCCUCCUCGAAACCACGACCAGCCCCCAAGACCGGGGUAAUAUCAGGGACAAAGGGCCCUGCGGGACCAGAGGGAGAGUUCCCCUGCAAGAAGUGUGACAGGAUCUUCUACAAGGUGAAGAGCCGCAGUGCCCACAUGAAGAGCCACGCGGAGCAGGAGAAGAAGGCCGCGGCGCUGAGGCAGAAGGAGGCGGAGGAGAGGGCAGAGGCCCAGGCAGCAGCGGAAGCUGCAGCGUUACUGGCCGCGCGGCAGAACGGGGCACGGGAGGGGAACGCAGCCGGUGGAGACAGCGCUGACGAUGACUCAUCUGAUGAAGAUGAUGAUGUCGAGGAAGAUGAGGACUGGCACUGAGACCAUGAAGAUAGAAAGGGAGCCCACAACAUAUUGUGUCGUUAUGGCAAGUGCACCCUCUAGUUAUCUCUAUGGCUAAGACGGCCGGCCGGACAGACAGACAAGACAGACUGACUGCUCCUCUACUGGCAGGGUGAGGGGAACAUAACAGAAGUACGAGGCCUCCGCUGCUCCUAGCGCUCUAGGGACAUUUUACGCCCUCUUGUGACACCUGCUUCAGCAGCAUUUGUCUUGAAACAAACUUAUUUUCCAUUGUUUCGUGGAACAGGAUCUCCUAUCUUGACACUUUCAGGGACAGGUUCUCUCCAGCGUUUUCUCCCUCUUCCCUUUAACCUGCUUGUGAUGCGUUCAGGGUUUACCUCUCUCUGACACGCCCACGGCUAUACAGUAGGGUAUGAAAGCCAUGCCAUCUCUCUCUCUCUACCGCCAUGACUUUUUCUUUCUCCUCCUGUCUGCCAUCCACCCCUGGCUUCUUCCUGUUCCUGUUAGCACUUUCAGCCAGUCACAGCACAGCACACAGACUCAUCAGGUGGGAACUCAUAGCCACGCCCCCAGCCGUGUAGGCUUUAAAAACAAGAACACUGUGUGAUGCUUGGCAACGCAAGACUACAUGAACCACAAUGCAACCCGGCUUGGCCACAGCCCUCCGCUCUCUCUGCAGUUCGAUAUGUUGUUAUGAAUAGAAGGAGAUAAAAUGAGUGAUUGGGACAAUGCAAUAUUGAAGUGGAAAGGACUUCUAGAUAGACUGAUGUGGUGGUAACACUACCUGUGUGGAGACAUGCCUACAUGUGGAGGAACAAUCUGUUUAGAGAACACUGCAUUGUAUGCGUUUCAUAGUCUUUCCUGUUUGGGACUUUUUCCACUCAAGACUGCCAAAAGCUUGUACAGAUGCGUCGGUCCUCAGUUCACCAAACUGGUUUCUUUCUUAGUUUUAAGUGCUGUUCUUUUGGGUUUUAGUUUUGUGAAUCCCUACCUUGUCACUUUUUUUUUUAAUAGAUUUGGUAUUGCUCCUCACUGUCGAUGCCUUGGAUGUUUUAAACACGUUUUAUCUUCGAAUGAAUGACAAUUCAUUUUACAAAGGUUACUUUUUGAUAUUCAACAAAUUACUGUUGCUUUUUGUUGUUGUUGCUUAUUAUAUCAAAUGGUCAUUGUUGUUUCUGUUAAUUUGAUCAUUGUUAUUAAUAAUGUCACUGUUCUGUUCUCUCGUGUGUUAUUAUAUUGUUUUUGCGGCAGGUUGCUUUGGAGCUCUCUUUCUCAUUUGACCACAGUAUAGGGUUAUUUAUGACAUUGCUUUUGUUGUCUGUUUUGAACUGUGAGGUUUGAGAAUGAGAUCUCCAGAAAAAGAAGUCGGAGAAGAAAAGAGGUGAAACAAAAAAUGUAAUUGUGCAAUAGAACAACAAUGUGAUCCCAGAAUGCCUCUCUUUGUGCCCUCUCCAAAUUGUUCCUUCUUAGUAGCUUUAUAGGUAGUUAACCCUCUGUUAACCAUAUCAUUACACCAGGAGGAAAGAGAGGGGGGGGGGGGAACAUGAUGUUGAAUUGAAUGGGAAGGUCCGCUCUGGUCAUUCUAUUUCUAUGGAGACAACUCCUAUUGUCUGGCCUAUUAAAAAAAAGGGCUUCCCAUAACAGUUCUGUCUCUAUCGAUCUAUGUCGACAUAUCUCUUUCCGCCAAGCACUAUAUCUCAUAUCUCUGUUCCCUCUGCCAAGCGGCCAGACCAGGCUCGAUCUGUCGCCAUGGCAACAAAUGAGCAGGCAGAACAUUUUCUUGUUAAGUAGAGUGGGGAGCAGAGAGUAGCUGCUCCAAUUACCUUACUAGGUUAAACCUACCUGCGUACUAUGCACUGUGUGUCUGUCUGCAUUCUGGGGUGUUUGUGAGUGUGUGUGUGUGUGUGGAUGGCCGCUUGCAAAUGUGCUUCUUUUUGGUCAAAUAUCAUUCUGAAAUUCAGCCAUUUGUGAAAAAUAGGUUUAAUCCUGACUUUUCACUUUUGUUAUCUUAAUUUAUAUCUCCUUUUUUCUUAUUUGUUUUACUUCCCCAGAGAUUGUCAUGAGGCAUUGUUUGUUUUGAACGUUUUUUUUAAUACUGUUAAACAUAAUAAAGAAUGAAAUUGAGGGCAUGCCACAAAUGCUAAGAAGCUGUAAACCUUAUUCGCUUUCAUCGAAUUAGGGAAGGGAAUAGAAAAAUGUAAAGGUUUAUUUAGCUAAUAUAUCUAUAAAUUAAAUUCUAUGAAUGCAAACAUUCGAUGCUAUUUUCAUAUGGGGUUCAUUUCACACUAAUGAUGUAAAAUGAAAUGGAUUCUCAAGUGCUUUUUACUAUGUAAUUUAUUUGUUUCAAUUAGAUUUUUACCACCUGUGUUUAAAAAAAAAAAUAUAUAUAUGGGAAAAGCACUGUUUUAUUAAAAUUGUGCAAUACUGAUGAAAUAA